CGACAGCAUCUCUUCUCUCAUCCACAUACUCACACGUCUUCCUGUCUGCAGAUCCCGGGUGGGGCUCCUGCACCCUGGGCGUCUUCAUCUGCCUGGACUGCUCUGGGAUCCACCGCAACAUCCCCGACAUCAGCAAGGUCAAGUCCCUGAGCCUCUCCCACUGGGAGGACCACGAGGUGCAGUUCAUGGCUACGAAUGGCAACGAGCUGAUGAGGAGUAAAUAUGAGGCUGCUGUUCCCGUCUACUACUACAAACCAACCCACAAAGACUGCCAGACGUUGAGGGAGCAGUGGAUUAGAGCAAAGUACGAGAGGAAGGAGUUCUCCGAGCCUGGGAAGAACUGCACGUAUGAGGAAGGAACUAGAGAUGGCAUGUUGAUGAAGAGGGGGCGGGACAACGGGCAGUUCCUCAGCAGGCGAUUCGUCCUCUCGGAGCGGGAGGGGACUCUGAAGUAUUUCACCAAAUAUGACGCUAAGGAGCCCAAAGCAGUGAUCAAGGUGGACACCAUCAACGCCACCUUCCAGCAUGAGAAGAUAGGGAACCCCAACGGCCUGCAGAUCACCUACCUCAAAGACUACAGCACCCGCAACAUCUUUGUCUACCAUGACAACGGCAAGGAGAUCGUGGACUGGUCUAAUGCCAUUCGUGCAGUUCAGCUUCACUAUUUAAAGGUGGCCUUUCCAGGGGCUACCGAUGCUGAGGUGAGCACUCACACACACACACACACACACACACACACACACACA